AGUUAAAUCUUCUGGGCUUUUGAAAGCGUGAUUACGGAAGAGAAGCCGAGGAGGUGACACUUCCAUCCACCUGUAGAAGCUUCGGAAAGACAAAUUAAACAGAGCUUGUCCCCCUCUGGUCACUUUCAGAACCAACUCUAAUGCAGUAGCUCCACCGCAGGCUCCAUUCAGCCAUGAAGAUCUUAUUCAUCAACCACAAGUUGCUGACGUCCGUUUGGAGGAGCAGCAGGAAACUUGGUGGAUCGGUCCCCCAAGCCGCGAGGCUGUUUACGUCUCUCAAUCUUUCCGAGUUUGAAGCCAUUAAUCGAGGGGACAAAGAGGUGCCGAAGUACUUUAAUUUCGCAAAUGACGUGCUGGAUAAAUGGUCUAAAAUUGAAAAGGAUGGAGGGAGACCCCAUCACCCAGCUUUCUGGUGGGUUGAUGGAAAAGGAGGAGAAGUGAAAUGGGGCUUUGAAAAACUGGGCUUUGUCUCCAGGAAAGCGGCCAACGUACUCAUGGGACCCUGUGGCCUACAGAGAGGAGACCGAGUGAUCCUCAUUCUGCCUCGGAUCCCAGAGUGGUGGCUGCUAACCGUGGCAUGUAUUAGAACAGGGAUCAUCUUCAUCCCAGGGACCCCACAGCUGACAGCCAAAGAUAUCCAGUACAGGCUCCAGGUUUCCAAACCUAAAGGCAUCAUCACGAAUGAUUCGCUGGCCCCCAUGGUGGACACCGUCUCUUCGUCAUGCCCUUCUCUGCAAACCAAGUUGCUGGUCUCCGAGGGCAGGCGAGAAGGAUGGCAACAUUUCAAGGAGCUGUUUGAGGAUGCUCCUUCCCGCCACGACUGUGUUCAAACCCAGAGCGAUGAUCCAAUGGUUAUAUACUUCACCAGCGGAACCACAGGUUCUCCAAAGAUGGCUGAACACUGUCAAACCAGCUUAUCCUUGGGCUUGGCCCUAACGGGAAGGUAUUGGCUGGACUUCAAGCCUUCAGAUGUCAUAUGGAACAUGUCUGAUACUGGUUGGGUGAAGGGGUCUUUGGGAGGGGUCUUCGGCCCUUGGCUUCGAGGGACCAGUGUCUUCAUACACAGCAUGCCACAGUUUGACCCAAAGGAACUUCUAAAAACGCUUUCCAAGUACCCAGUGACAACCUUGUGUACUGCUCCAACAGUCUACCGCAUGCUGGUGCAGGAGGACCUUAGCAGUUACCCAUUCAAGAGCCUGUCUCACUGUUUGGCUGGAGGGGAACCGAUGAACCCGGAAGUGGUGUCCCAAUGGAAAAAACAAACCGGGUUGCAAAUCUACGAAGGCUACGGACAAACGGAAGUCGGGAUGAUAACAGCCAACGAAAAAGGGAAACCAGUUAAACCAGGCUCCAUGGGGACUGCAGCUUCACCUUACGACGUUCAGAUUGUAGAUGAAGAUGGCAAAGUUUUGCCCCACGGACAAGAAGGAGACAUUGCUAUCAGGAUAAAACCCAAGCGUCCCUUUGGCUUCUUCUCUCACUACGUGGACAACCCAGAAAAAAACUCAGCAGUUGUCCGGGGAAACUUCUACAUCACUGGUGACCGAGGCUGGAUGGAUGAAGAUGGCUAUUUCUGGUUUAUUGGAAGGUCUGAUGAUGUCAUCAUCUCCUCAGGAUACCGCAUUGGGCCUUUCGAAGUAGAAAGUGCUUUGAUUGAACAUCCAGCCGUGGUUGAAUCAGCUGUUGUCAGCAGUCCGGAUAGUGUCCGAAGGGAGGUGGUAAAAGCAUUUGUGGUUUUGUCUCCUGAGUUCGCAUCACACGACCCAGAGAAAUUAACUCGGGAGCUGCAAGAUCACGUCAAGAAAGCGACGGCUCCGUACAAGUAUCCCAGAAAGGUGGAAUUCGUACAAGAGCUGCCCAAGACAAUCAGUGGCAAAAUCCGAAGGAACGAACUGCGAAAACGGGAAUGGGGACAAAUUUAAUUCCACGCCAUCCCAUCAUUAUUUGCAGACGGAUCAGCUGGCAGAUUUCUGUGUGUCCAGGUUGCAUUUGCAAAGCUGAAAGCUGAGCAGCUACCCCGAGCCCGGUGAAGUAUGUAACUUCUGAAGAGCGUUCCCAAAUCAGUAAAAAUAAAUUGGUUUGAGGGAGCCUCACUUUCUGAACAGGAAUACUCUGGUGGAGUGAAUCAUAUUUUUGCCUUUUUUUAGCCAAUAUUACACUCAGGGGCACUCCUGCGUUUUAAUAUUUCUUUUCUUAAUUUCUGGGGUUCCCGACCAGUAUCAAUACCUUUAGUUUCUGAAUAGGUUAAAAAAACAUUUCCACAUAGCAGUUGCUUAAAACUUCCUUUUAUUCCUUUUGACUUGGAAAUUGCAGUUGUUUUUCUGGCCAAGCUGCAAAUCAUUCUUUCGACUUUUCUAACAUCUUUCAUUUUAUUGAGGGAGCCAGACCAAUAAAAUGCAAUACAAUCGUUUAAAAUGCCGAA